CUCUGCGGCCAUCGGUUACACCCCGUCCUGAGAAUUGUCCCUGUAAGUUAACAAUAUAGAAGCAAUAGAAACAGUUAUUUUGGUUUUGUGUUUCAGAUAUGGAAGUCCUUGGCCAUUGGCUGCUGGACGGUCAAGACAAGCUUGUAAGCUUUGAUAGCUUGCCACUCUUCGCUGAGGGAAGAAUCCCGGGCAGUAAGGCCGCUUUUUUCAACCAAACAAAUUCUUUCGCCAGUACACCGAUAAUUAAUCUUAACGAUCGGAGUUUCACCAUUGCCUGUUGGAUUAAACAAACAGCAUGGGUUCCCGAAGGGUUGGCAGCGAUUUACGGCGACUGGUAUUUUCCAUGGCAGUUUCUUUUAAGCGUUAAAGACCAGAAGAUCAUAUUUCAUCGCCACCAAAACGGGGGUGAAGUAUGGUGGUCCUUAGAGAGUACCAAAGUUAGUUUGGACACGUGGACCCACGUGGCUGUCACAUGGGAUCACACGAGAGAUGCUGUGUUUAUCUAUGCUAACGGUCAAGACGCAGGGCACAGAUCAUACAUCCCAGGAGCCCCAUUCUUUCAACCCACUGGGAAACUGUACCAGAUUGGUAACGACGGUCAUACGGAUGAUCAUCAGUUCCAUGGAUCUGUAAUGGAUCUUUAUGUCUUUGGUACGGCAUUGACGCUGGAUCAAAUCAAUAAACUAAGGGGAGUUCCUGUUAUCGUAAACACGACCAAAGAAGUAACUCGCGGGAUCGUUGUCGUCGCGUGGGAACCUCCCUGGACGUGUCCAAUUGACAAAUACACUGUGUACUACAGGGAAGUGAUAUUCCUCGAGGUAAAAAGCAAGUGGCAGUCGAUUACCGUGAACGGAAAUGAAACCAGCUACACGCUUCACCUCAGCUGCAGGAAAGAGUAUGAUGUAGCAGUUACCUCGUGGAGUGCUCAUGGCGAGAGUAAUUUGAAUGACAGUAAGAUAUGGAACUUAAAGACUGGUGGAGCGGACAAGAAUUGCCUUGAAGUGGAUUGGCAAAUCGCUCUUAGUCGACAAGGAUGGGCUAACUGCUCGUGCUUGGGAAGUUACUUGACAGGUCUUUGGAGGGAAAAUGGUAUUACUUCUUCUUCUUCUGAUGGCAUCGAUAAUAUUAAACGAGGGGAGUGUUGCAUCCCUCCUCGUGAGUACGAGGAUGACACCCCCGACUGCCAAAUAGAAGACUGGGAAACGAAACUAAACAAAAACAACAAAUGGGCCUCCUGUCAAGAUGGGUAUUUUCUCCAAGGGUUUUACCGCUCAAGUGACGUUUGGCUACGCAAUAUCGAACAAGCAUUGUGUUGCAGGCCGAGAAACUUUGCAAACAUAGACGUGGCCAGGGAUUGCUAUGAUGAAGACGUGAGGCUAUCACUAGAUAAGGAAGGCUGGAGCAAGUGUAAGCAAGACUGGUAUUACAUGGUGGGGAUUUACAAAGAAGGCUGUGACGAUCUGCACUGUAUUGAGAUGAUUAGAUGCUGUAGAAUGCGGCUACCAGAUAUGCCAGUUCUUGGCCACUGGCUGCUGAAUGGUCAAGACGAACUUCUAAGGGAGGAACUGACGUAUAAUGUAUUGAACCAUAUUCUUCUGAAAAUAGGUGUUCCUGGUAUCGUGAACUCGACCAAGGCUGUACCAGGAGGGACUGUUGUUGUCGCAUGGGAGCCUCCCUUAGAAGGGGCGUGUCCAGUUAUCACUUACACUGUGUACUACAGAAAAGUGGCGAAGAAAAACAAGUGGCAAUCAGUUACCGUGAAAGGAAAAACAAACAGUUAUACGCUGCAGCUCAAAUGUAGGGAAGAGUAUGAAGUAGCUGUUACCUCACUGAGUGGAUUUAAGGAAAGUGCUUUCAAUGAGAGCAAGAUAUGGAACUUCAAAACCCAAGGAGAAGUUCCGUCAAUUCCUUUCAUCAAAAACAAGGAAACAGAAAUACCGAGAUGUGAUGUGAUCCUUACAUGGAGCCCUCCUGCAGACAACGGGUGUCCACUGACCAUGUACACAAUAAACUACCAACGAAUUCAGCCACGAGAAAUUGGGGAGCCCUGGUACCAAGUUAACCUCACUGACAUCAUGGCGACUAACUUUACUCUAUCGUUAUCAUGUGACACGCAGUACACGAUCGAGAUCUCGGCCUGGAAUGAACUGGGAGAGAGCGAGAGGUCAAGGCCGUGGAUAAUACAAACACUUCAGUCAGGUACUUUUUCGAAUAUUUCCUCUUGCAAUCUCAGCCAUAGCGAAGAUAACCACCGAAAAGAGCCUGGUGACUAGGCAAAAAGAUGGUGUUGUGCAAACUGUGAGCAUUUUCCGUUUCUCGGCAUUUAUAUAUAUAUUUAUUUAUUUAUUUAAGUGAAGGCAAAGUUGGCAUUUUGGUAUGGUAUUUCAGUUCAGCGAAGAAAAGUUUUACGGAAGAGUUCUUCGGAAAGAAACUGAUUCCACGAUAACCUCCUACGCAGACCCUCUGCGCAACUCGUCACGCAAUCUUCCUCACCCACAUGGAAGAGGAAGAUUGUGUGACUUGCCAAAAGAGCGUCAGUGUCCGUAGGAGACGGGUCCCACGAUGGUAGCCGGCAUUUCCAUCUCUACUGGCAUUAAGAAUA